GCUCAGGGCCUAGGCCUAGGCCUAGGCCUAGGCCUAGGCCUAGGCCUAGGCCUAGGCCUAGGCCUAGGCCUAGGCCCAGGCCUCAGGCCUAGGCCUAGGCCUAGGCCUAGGCCUAGGCCUAGGCCUAGGCCUAGGCCUAGGCCUAGGCCUAGGCCUAGGCCUAGGCCCAGGCCUAGGCCUGUGGCCUAG